CGGCGGUCCCGCCCCGGCCCGGCCCGGCCUCCAUGAGGAGGAAGCGGCCGAAGGGUCAGUGGCUGGUGAUGGCAGGCACCUUGCUGGUCCUCCUGGCCCUGCUCCGGGCCGCGCAGGUUUUAAAAGCAUUUGAUUACCCUUCUUCUUGGGAGGGACAGGAACAGAUGUUCAAGCUGGACAUGGGUUGGCCUAAAAAUCCAGAAUACUUCACUGGAGAACCAUUUUGUGUUGCUGUUGACUCUCUUCAUGGUUUGGUCUAUGUGGGUCAAAGGGGAGAUAAUGUACCAAAGGUGCUUGUAUUCUCAGAGGAAGGUUAUUUUCUUAACUCCUGGAAUGACACAGUUGAAAAGCCUCAUGGUAUCUUUGUACUGAACACGGCAACAGAUAGUUCAGUAUGGAUCACAGAUGUUGGAAGAGGGAAAUAUGGGCACACUGUGAAACAGUACAGCCCUUCAGGUAAACUUCUGCAGACCUUGGGCACACCAGGUAAUGCUGGUUCAAGUUUGAUUCCCCUGCAGUUUGAUCAGCCAGCAGAUAUCUUUGUGGAGGACUCUGGAGAUAUGUAUGUUGUGGAUGGAGAUGGUGGAAUGAAUAACAGAUUACUCAAACUGUCCAACGAUUACAAAGAAAUAUGGAUGGCUGGAACAAAUGGGUCUGGCAUUGGUCAGUUCAAGAUUCCUCACAGUGUAACAGUGGAUCCUUUUGGACGGGUAUGGGUUGCAGACAGAGAGAAUAGAAGAAUCCAAGUUUUUGAUAAAAUGACAGGGGAAUGGCUCGGGUCUUGGAACAGGUGUUUUUCAGAAGAAGGACCCUAUUCUGUCAGAUUCACUGCCAAUUACAAAUACCUGAUUGUAGCUCAGCUGAAUAUCAACCGGUUAGCAAUCUUGGCAGCACCACCAGUUGGCUCUAUCAGGGACUGUGUUAUGGUGAACACAGUCCAAAUGGCAGAUGAAACCAAACCACACCUUGUGGAUGUAGACAUGAAGAGUGGAGCAGUCUAUGUUGCACAGAUUGGAGCUCAACAAGUACAAAAAUACAUCCCCUUAAGCUAAUGGUUUCCCACAACUGCUAUGGCACAAGCUGUAUGACAUACAAGACCUAUGACCACAUUUCCUUGUUUUAUGUAGCUAAUGUUUCCUUAAGCACAGGACAGUGUACACCAAGAAAUGUAGAGCUAAGAAUCUGCCCUAGAUGUUCUGCAGAGCUGGGGAAGAAAUACUUGGUCUUCAGUUGUCACUCAUUUUAGUAAUGCCAUUUUGGGUUCUGCUUCUGUUGCUGGGAAUUGUAAAAUGAUUUUGAUAGGCAUCUUAAUUUGAUUUCAUCAAGCUUUAAAAACACAGCUGCUGUUCUUAAAUGUAAAGCCUCAUCUUGGGGCUGCCCCAUGUAGCCUCUGUGCAUUGUUGAAUGAAGGACAGAACUGACUGAAGCAAGUGCACUUAUUUAAAUGAUGUCCUGGGAGCUGAGCACCUCAUUUGAAUAUUAAUUCAUUUGUUGGGGUUUUGUUGUUUUGUUUUCCCUUGUGGGGUUUUGGGUUUGGUUUUUUUUGUUUGUUUGGUUGGUUUUGGUUUUUUAAAUCAUGCUGAUACUGCCCAGUGCUGGAUGUUGGGAUGCAUUAUGGUGUUGAAAAAUACGCUGCUGGAUACUGGUGUCAGUGCUGAUACUGGCAUCUGCCUCUGGUAGUUGAUGAGAUAAGCAUUGAAACCUAGGUUUUCAGUUCUAGCUGAAGUGAUAAAGUCUGUAAUAAGCUUAAGUUAAAUUGAUAUCAGGCACUUCAAACUAAAUUAAAAGCAUGUACACAGCAGUCAAGUCUUGAUUCUUAAUUUAAUCAAUUCUUGACCUGAUUUGAUUUAUAUCAGCAUGAGUUUUCUGUUCUGUAAAAUGUAAUAGUGGAACAUAUUGAAGUUAAUUCAUUUAAGUUCCUCAAGAUAAACAAAUUGCAAUUUUUUAGGAAAGUCUUAAUUACUUUUUGGGAUUGGGAGACAUGUGAUUCUCCCAAUUUUAUUGAAACUCUGUCAGUUAGGAACAGUAAAUCUGUUCUGGUUUGGGAAUUUUUAACCAGUUUAUAAUCAGAACUUAGACUUGAUCAACUCCAUUAAUAUCUAAAGUUUUGAUGGUCUAACAGAUGUCUCCAAGCUCUGUCCUCUUUCCAUUCCCAGUCCAGAAUACUCUGUUUUCUUUAUAUAUUGCUACAAGAUUUUAAGUCAUCUCACUUUAUAGAAGAGAGGAAACUGGGUAUAGGAAAAUGGGAUGGGGAGAAUGGCAUGGCAUAAAGGAGACAGUGAGUAAAGCUCUGCCUCUGUAAAGCUGUGGACCUACAUUCUGUAUCUACUAGCUCUUCAAAACAUUUAGGAGGAUUUUUGCUGUUUCCACAUUCUUAUUCUAUUUGAUGGACUAUUUUAAUGCUAAUUACCAGCUAAGAAAAUGGUGGGAUUUUUUUGUUUUGUACUUCCUUUGAAAAAGGUAUAUGGGAAGUACAAUUAUUCUGAUGGGAAAGAUUCACUUCAGUCAAUGUUAUCAAAAUCAAAUGCUACUUAAUUUGGCAGGUUUCAACCCAUGAUCACGAAUUUGUGGGUCAGCAGAUGGAAAAUCUGUCCAGAAAAGUCAGAUUCAUAUUUUCUGUGGAAAACAGUUAAAAUGCAAAUGGUUUAUUUUUAGCUACAUCCACAUUAACAAAACCAGAUCUUACCUGGCUGCCUUCAUGCAAGCCUUAAAACCAGAACUUGAGGAUUAUACAUAAGCAAACACGGUCCAUCAUUCCCAUGGUCUUGAAUGGGAGCCAGUAGGCAAUAUUUACUAGCUGAAAAAGUAGCAUUGCUUCCACUAGACGUAGAUGAAUAGGUCCACAUUGCUUCGCAGUGUGUUGUGUGGAUUUCUGACUAUGUGUACACUAUCUCAGGGAUCUCUGCUCUGUGUGCAUUUCCCCUAUUUCUCACCUAUAUAGUGUGUAUUUCUUUUAAAAAAUAUUAAU